GUAGAGGAUGCCAUGUUGAUGUUUGACAAAACUACAAACAGACAUAGAGGCUUCGGCUUCGUAACGUUUGAGAAUGAAGACAUUGUAGAGAAAGUCUGUGAAAUUCAUUUUCACGAAAUCAAUAAUAAAAUGGUAGAAUGUAAGAAAGCCCAACCAAAAGAGGUGAUGUUUCCUCCAGGCACGAGGGGGAGGGCGAGAAGUCUUCCGUACACCAUGGAUGCUUUCAUGCUGGGCAUGGGCAUGUUGAGUUAUCCAAACAUUGUGGCAACGUAUGGUCGUGGAUACACAGGAUUUUCUCCUAGCUACAGUUACCAGUUUCCAGGUUUCCCAGCGACUGCGUACGGACCUGUGGCGGCAGCAGCAGUGGCGGUGGCGCGAGGCUCAGGGUUCCCCGAUUACGGCUUUUAUUCUGGGCCCGGUGACCAGCGGGGCACUCCCUGCUCCUUUGCCGACUAUGCCACCCUGGGGCCCCAUACGGGUCAGAUGCUGCAAAGCGAGCACGUCACCUCUACCUGCAACUCACCCUCCCAGCACCACCCAAGCCCGGACCACUUUAAGAGCUCAGGUGCUAAUCCUCCACGGCCUGGAGGUUUCCCCGUUGCAAACAGUCCUGGACCCGUGGCAGACUUGUAUGGCCCCAGCAGUCAGGACUCCGCUGUGGGAAAUUACAUCAGUGCUGCCAGCCCCCAGCCGGGCUCGGGGUUCAAUCACAGUAUUGCAGGUCCUUUGAUUGCUACAGCAUUUACAAAUGGAUACCACUGAAAUCUAAGCAGAGAUGCGGCACCAUCUCAUUUGGAGAGUUCAUCGGGAGGCCCUGGUAAAAUGGCCAGAGUCUCUUGAUUGUUUUGUGUACAGUUGAUGUCAUAAAGACUUCAAGCACUACAGGUUGUGAUUGGUGAAUGGACCGGGGG